AUGGCCAAACCCAACGGCCGUCUCGGCUUCUCGCGCGGCUGGAGGCGCCUCCCGACGUCCCGAUUCGACAAUGCCGUGCUACGAGAGCUCCCACUGGAUACGGAGUUUCGAAACGUCGUGCGGAGCGCCGUCCCCGGCGCGUGUUUCUCCCGUGUCGCGCCCACGCCGAUUGUUCAUCCAGAGCUCGUCGUUGUGUCACCUUCUGCUCUGUUUCUAGUCGGUCUGGAGCUCUCAAAUCACGUGAACGAGCAGAACGUCAGUGUCCAUCGUCCAGAACGAGCCAGUGGGAACCACGACGACGAGUCGUUCCAGUCCAUGGACUCCCUCGUGCCGAUAUUGGCUGGCAACCAACUGCUGCCGGGCUCGGAGACGGCUGCACAGUGCUACUGCGGCCACCAAUUUGGGUUUUUCUCGGGCCAAUUGGGUGAUGGCGCUGCUCUGUAUUUGGGCGAAGUGGUGACUGGAAGCUCACCUGACCGGUGGGAGCUGCAGCUCAAGGGGUCUGGCCUCACUCCUUAUUCCAGGUCGGCUGACGGCCGAAAAGUGCUGCGGUCGACACUGCGAGAGUUUCUGUGCAGCGAACAUAUGUUUGCGUUAGGAGUGCCAACAACUCGGGCAGGUAGUGUCGUGGUAUCGAGAGAGACGCAGGUGCUGAGGGACAUUUUCUACAAUGGCAAUGCUAAGAUGGAGCCAACGGCCGUGGUCACGAGAAUUGCCAAGAGUUUCUUGCGGUUUGGCAGCUUUGAGAUUUUUAAAACUCAAGACCAGCAUACAAAUCGUGCAGGCCCAAGCGCCCAUUUGGAGUACAAAGGGGAAAUGAUGCGGCGGAUGCUGGACUUCACUGUCAAGCAAUAUUUCCCAGAGAUUGUUGGUGAAAUGAAGUAUGUAAAGUUUUUCAACGAGGUCGUGCGUCGCACGGCCAAGUUGGUCGCGAAUUGGCAGACCAUUGGGUUUUGUCACGGUGUGCUGAAUACAGACAACAUGAGUAUUGUAGGUGAUACGCUGGACUACGGCCCGUUUGGCUUUAUGGAGCACUUCGAUCCGAAACACGUAUGCAACUCGUCGGAUGACGAAGGUCGCUACCGUUACGAGGCCCAGCCUGAAAUUUGUAAGUGGAACUGUGGUGUACUUGCUGAUCAGCUUGGGCUGGUGACGGACCGCGCGGAACUUGAUAAUGGUUUGAAGGCUUUCGAUGAAAUAUACGAGGAAGAGUAUAUGCGUCUAAUGCGCGAGAAACUUGGCAUAUCAGUUCAGCCUGGGUGUACAGAGGACAAGGCGCUUGUGGAUACGCUUUCCGACGUGCUGACUCACACUGGCGCAGACUUUACUUGCACCUUUCGUAUCCUGUCGAAACUAGACGCUUACGAUCCUGGAAAGUCCCACAAACAGACGCUUGACGAGCUUGUAGCAGUGUCUGAGACCUUGGCUAAGCAGAAGCGCAAAUUGGAGCAAGCAUCUAGCGGAGUCUCGGAUGCCCAGAUCAACAUGUGCUCGAUGUUAUUACAGAAUGAUCCUAGGCGUGCCGCUCAAUAUGGCGUUACCCCUGCACUUGUCGCGCAGAUGAAGGCCAAUCGUGAAGCAAAGAGGACGCUCGACGCGACCACCGAAGAUGAACGAAUGGGUAGCGUUCGUACCGCGUGGAAAGAUUGGGUCGAAGUUUACGUUCUGCGUAUCAAGGAAGAAGGUGCUGCUACUUGUGAUGCCGCGCGCCGUGAGCGAAUGCUUCAGGUAAACCCGCUGUUUGUGCUACGCAACCAUGUCGCUCAAAAGGCCAUCGAUAUGGCCCAUCAAGGCGACUAUGAUGGUGUUGAGCACAUUUUCAAGCUGAUGACGCACCCAUUUGAUGCACCUCAUGAUGAGCGUGAUCUCGUGUAUGCUCAGCCGCAGGAUCCAUCCACCGCCCCACUUUGCGUCUCGUGUUCGUCCUAG